ACUAUUUUCUUAUCACCUUUCCAUAGCUUUAGCUAUUUGCAAAAAUUCUUCAUUACCUAUUGCUAUUGCAAAAAAGAACCCGUCCUCUCUUUUCUUUUCCUUUCAUUUCCUUCCCUCUUCUGCUUGUGAAUCACAGGCAGAUCCUAAAACAUCAAUUGGUCCUGUCCCUUCGUGACUCUUUAACUAUGGCAUCUGAAAGCAUCCAAGAACAUCCUCCAAUGGCUUCUGACAAGCCUUCCCAAAUCUCAGAACAAUCACCACAAGACCAACAACAGCAACAACAAUCGAGACCAGAAGCAGCACCCUCAUCAUCAACAACGAAUGCAACAAAUUCGGUCGAUACAAAUGCCUCCUCGAAGAAUGAAGAACAACAGACUUCCUCCACCACCAUUACCACCAAAGCUUCCCCACAAAAAGGAGAAUCAUUAACCACAAAAACAAUGAAUGCUGUGAAUUCGUCCGAUUCGAAUCCUCCCACGAAGAAGAUGGAAGAACUACAACAACAACAGCCAUCCAAAGUUUCCUCACCAAAGGAAGCAUCAUCAACAACCACAACAACAACAACCACAACCACAAAUGCUGUGAAUUCUUCAGACUCGAAGUCUCCCCUAACAACAGAAGAACCCAAUGCUCCUCCUCAACAGAAGAAGAUCGAGGAACAACAACAACAACAGCCUGCUAAGGAUGUUGCUGAAACGGAGACAAAUCAAGCACAACCUCAACAGCAAAAACAAGGUGAAGAGAAGGUAAAUGCUGCAAAUUCUCCUUCAAAACAAGUGAAGGAACAACAGGAACCGCCAUUGCAGCAAACAUCUGCCAACAGUGUUGACAUUGUAGAUCGUAGUAGUGUUGAUGUUGUUGUUCCACCAACUCAACAACUACACAAACAAGAAGACGAAAAGGUGGCAGCAAAAGAGAAUGAAGCUCAAGUGGAGAAAGAUCCCUCUGCCUCUGACAUUGUAAAACUAGAAGAAGCAAAUAAAUCUGAGGAGCCCAAAGUGGAGAAUGAUGAGGUGAAGCAAAAAGAGGUGAAAUUUGCUGAUGGGAUUGAGACCAAAGAAGAGAAAUCUGAGAUCGAAGAGAGCUCUUCGUCUCGAGAACAAACCACUCUUCUCUCCGAUUUGAAAGAGUACGAGCGCAAGGCAUUGCUCGAGCUCAAAUCCAAGAUUGAAGAAGCCGUCCUUCUCAACAAAUUCUUCGAGGACGAUCAAACGAUUGACCAGACCAAAGCUACCGAUACCACCAAUAACGAACAACAACAACCACCCUCUCAGGAGAGCCAAGACCUCAAGAAAGAAGGGGAAGAAAGUAGUGCACCAACAUCACAAGAAGACGAGAAAAUAACCGCAGAUCAAGCCCCGGCCGUGAAGGAAAGUAAAGGGAAAGAGAUCAUGAUCGAUGAUCAAAAUGUCUCUAACGCUACUGCUGAUGCAGAGCCAAAAAUAGGGGGACAGAAGGAGGCAGAGGAUUCCUCAAAAGCAGAGGAAAUGAUGAUGAAGAAGAAGGAAAUGGGAAUCAUUGACAAAGAAAUUUCACUGUGGGGUGCGCCACUGAUGCCGAGCAAAGGCGAAGCGAGCACCGACGUGAUUCUGCUGAAAUUUCUGAGGGCCAGGGAGUUCAGAGUGGACGAGGCGUUCGAGAUGCUGAAGAACACGUUGAAAUGGAGGAAGGAGAACAACAUGGAUUCGAUUCUGGAGGAACAAGAUCCGCAGACGGAUAUUCUGGAACCGGUGGUGUACAUGGAAGGCCGCGAUCGAGAAGGGAACCCGAUCUGUUAUAACGUGUAUGGAUUGCUGGGAUUCGAUAAAUCGGUGGAUAAGUUGCUUGGGGAUGAAGAGAAGAGGGAGAGGUUCCUGAGGUGGCGGAUUAGGAAGAUGGAGCAAUCCGUGAAGGAGUUGGAUUUCAACCCUGGUGGGAGCUGUGAGAUUCUGCAGAUUAAUGAUUUGAAGAACACUCCUCUGCCGAGUAAGAAGGAAGUCAGGCUGACUACCAGGAAAGUUGCUGAAACUCUUCAGGAUAAUUACCCUGAAUUCGUUUCCAAAAACAUAUUCAUCAAUGUGCCAUUGUGGUACUAUGCCUUCAAUACAGUUUUGUCUCCUUUCCUUACUCCAAGGACCAAGAACAAGUUCAUCCAAGCCAGGACUUCCAAGGUGGCAGAGAUCCUACUCAAGUACAUUGCGGCGGAGCAGCUCCCAGUCCGGUAUGGCGGGCUGAAGAUGGACAACGACCCAGAUUUCGGGACGGAGGACGUGGCGGAGGAGACGUGGGUGAAGGCAGGAUCGUCGGAGACCAUCGAAAUUCCAGCGCUAGAGGGAGGCAAGACGAUGGUAUGGGAUCUCACAGUGUCGGCCUGGGAAGUGAGCUACAAGGAGGAAUUCGUACCCAACAACGAGCGAUCCUACACCGUAAUAGUUCAGAAGAUGAAGAAGAUUGCCUGGCAGGAAGGCACGAUUCGCAACUCGUUCAGGAAUGGUGAGCCUGGCAAGAUUCUGCUCACCAUCGACAACCCAUCGUUCAAGAAGAAGCGCAUUCUUUAUAGACACAAGGUCAAGAAAGUUUGAUUUUGAUGUUUCACUCACGAUGACGAGUUUUAGCCUGGCUUUAAGCUAGAAUACCAGUUGUUCAUUGUUUCGUUGUAGAUCUCUCGUUAAAGUUUUUGCAGAUUCGUUGCUUUGUUUUCCUUUGUUUCCUAUUUUUGAGCAAUAAACAGAAAUGCAUAUCGUUUUAGGAGGGUUGGUAAUGGUAUGUUCGUAGUGUUCUUGAGCCUCUCUUUUGAGGUUCCUUUGUUUGUAGAGGUGCUGAUCAUCUUAUCCAACAGAUUCUGAACAACAGA